AGUCGGGAAAAAGUGAGCUCGUUAUUAUUUACGUUAUUCAAAUUGUACAAACGUCCCUUUUCUUCGUAUUUUGUUUGUUUUACGCGUUUCGUCAGAUUGUGGAAUAUUUCGUCCAUUAGAAAUUUGAGGGGCGCAUUCCUUGUUGCUCGGUUUCCUAAUCGGCGAUGUCCUCCGGUCUGCUUGCUGCGCGUAAUCAAGGCGGAGCGGAAAAGCACGUGUGACUCGUAACAUCAAAUCUCAUUAGCUUGCCCCGAAUGAACACAGGCUAAUUAUUACUAACAAGCUGGUGAUCAAGGCUGGACCAAGGCCAGCCGGUGCUUCAGCGCGGGUGACGAUCACAUGGGCCGUGGCUAAUGAGUGCGCUGGAUGGCGUUUGUGAAGUCCAUCGGCAGGCACCUCUACCUUUUUUUCUGCGAAAUGUUUUUACUGCAUGCGCCAAGUUAGUAGACAGAGCCACGUGACAUCUGUGGAUGAGAAGGGGAGGCGAGUUUAUAGCUGACAGCGAGCUAACAACUCUUUGUGUGUGUACAGUAAGCAUCGGGUCCGGAGGCUGACAAUACGUGUCUUCAGCGGUUUUAAGGCAACAAGGAGCUUCAGUCGCAUCGACUGUCUUCGUCUUCAGUAAUAAAACAGCACAAUUGCAUAGCAACCGGAAACCUGCCGCCUGAUUUGAGUGACUACGGCCUGGUGACAUUGUGUUCGGUGACGAGAGCACUUCCUGCUCCGAUCGUCGAACUCUCGACCGACUGCCAGAAACCGGGCGUAGCCUGUCAGCGAGAAUAUUCAAAAUUUCUGCGACUCUAGUGGCCAGUUUCGUUCGUCUUGUGAUCGCCUAAGAUUGGGCGAUCUGUAGACUCCGAGUGAAGUAUUUCCUGUCAUGGUUCAGCGAGAUUCAUAUUUGAUCCGUGAAUUUGAAGGCUUAGGACCAGUUCUUGUGUGUCGUAGAAAUAUUCGAUUUCGAUUUACAGAGAUCGAUACUCGGCUUUGCUCUCGAUUGAUAGUUGUCAAGGCGUAGAGCUGUGUUGCAUCGCUUUAACUCGUAACAAAACACAAACAGCUUUUUUAAAAAAAUUGUUUUUUUGUAACAUUUGCGUAAAUACUUUGUCUUGUGUGCGUUUCAACUAAUUUAGAAUUGUGGUGAAAAGUCGUAGCAUAUUCUGUAGAAAGGAAACACGACGCAUUUUAAAGAAUCUUCUACAAGGUGAAAGCGAAUGGUAAAUUGUGGACGGCGACCGUGUGUCCGUGGCAGCCACUUCUCUUGCUCAGGAGGACGAGAGUUUGAACAGGACGGCGGUGCAUCAAGAAGGCAGACGUGUUCGCAGUUGUCCUGUCUCGUUAAUAAGAAAACGUGCGAAGAUUCGUAGAAAAUAUUUCUUUGUUUAUCUGUGCGCAGAGUGCAACGAAAGAGAGCAAACUUUGUAUGAGGUCACGUCAUGGGAACGACUGAUUAACUUCCAAGGCAAAAUCUUUGAAUUCAAAUAAGCACCGUCGUCUGCCCGUAAUCCGAACUAACUCACGUCGAUGCUCUAAUAAUAUUGCCAUCUUGUGUUUGGUGCAUUUCCGGUUUGUCAGUUUAUGCGCCACGAGAAACGAGAUCUUAGUUCGACCUUCGUUUGUGUUUUGAACGAAGGUUCUGAUUUCGUGUGAAGUGACUUUAUUAUCGUCGUAUUAAUUGGUUUGCGUUUUCCGCAUUGCCGAAGCUUGAACUCGUGUUUUGACUGGGUAAACAUUUUAUCGUCUUAAAAGAAGAGGGUUUAUUUUUUUUCCCAGUUAUUGAAUUUUCAAGUGACUUGUCUGCGCGGUUUUACUCACGUGUGCAAUAAUUUGAAUUGAAUGUUUGAAGAAGACGACGUCUUGUUUUGCGUUCGCUAGAGACAGUGGGGCCUCUGCCGUUGAAGUGUCGAUACUGGACGGUGGAUGCAGACCUCGGUCUGCCGGCCCAGUCGUUUCUGUGCUGUUGCAGUCGAAGCUUACCGAGUAAAGUGCGUUCGCACUAGAAUCUCUCUUUCCAGAAUAACACUCGAAGUCGGCGUGGUUUGCAGUGAAGUUUUGCUUCGGUAAGAGAGGACGCGGACUGUUUUACGUUAGAAGAAUUUCUGAACACGGUUUGUCGAAGAGAGAAAAGUGGAUUUGCCAAGUUAUUUUGUGUUGUCUGCGUGUCGCUUAAACUUGGUCGCCGUUUGAACGUGGAUUCUGGACACGCGGAAGGACAAAUAUUUUUGUUGAUUUGUUGACAGCGAUGCAACACACUCGCACGUGAAGGAAUGCGACGUUCGCCGAGAACGUUUUGCACUUAGGAAUAUUUCGUCUAGGGCAUUUCGUUGUGAGUUGGUGACACUGGCGGGACGUGAUGUUGGCGGCCGUGCUCUAGCGACUUGCCUUCCGCUCUGAUUGCUCGUCGUCAGCGACAAUGACGUGAUUGUUGUCUUCGUGGAGUCUUGUCAACAAUUCAAACUGGAUCCGCCACUGCAGUACCUCCACCUCCACCGUCUGUCCACGAUCCUGGACUCCGAAGACGAGGAGGAACUGGACGAUGAAAGUUUGCAUUACGACUCGACCGCAACACUGCGUUGUCUCGCAGGACACAAUGGCCGGACUCGGUGCUGCAGAUGACGUCAUGAAAUCGAGCGACGUCGAUUCAACUGACAGCAUUUUCGCUGACGGACUGGGCGAGGAGCUGCUCAGUGCCAUGGAGUGCCCUGUCUGCAUGGAGUACAUGGCACCUCCCAUAUUCCUGUGUGAGAACGGCCACAGUAUCUGCGACCAGUGCCGACCGCAGUUGUCGGAGUGUCCGACUUGCCGGAGACCGUUCCUCCCGAACACACGGAACGUCGCUCUGGAAAGCAUCGCCAGCAGAGUGCAGUACCCGUGCCGAAACGAAGGCUGCUUCGAGAUACGUCCUCUGGAACUGGUCGCCCAACACCAGUCCGCGUGUCCUCGGCGACCUUUUCCGUGCCCUAUGGCGCAGGGCUCGCACUGCACCUGGAAGGGCCCUCUAAGUCUGAUCAAGAAGCAUGUCAUGGACUCGCACGGGCGGUACGUGAGGAUCGGAGCCGAGUCGACGAGCGUUCUGAACGACGUCAGCGACACUCCGGGGUACUCGCUGGUCAUAUUCGCGUUCGACCAGGUGUUCCUGCAGAAGAGCAGAAUGCAGGACUCCAAGUUCUAUUCGGCCGUCCAGUACAUCGGCCCGAAAGAGCACGCCUCAGGGUACAGAUACGAGUUCCAGCUGUCGACUGCCAAGGGGCACCAGAAGAUCGUCGUCGGCAACCUGGUGUACAGCAUUUGCGAGGACCUGCGCCAAGUCAAUCUGCACGGCAACUGCGUCAGGCUGGACCAUGACGUCAUCAAGCGAUACAUGUACGAGGACAAGCUCCCGUACAAACUGCGACUGUACAGGAUCGAGGAGGACGUCUUGUAGGCGCUGCGCUGCUUGUCGCCAGAAUGUGAAGACGAGAACUUCUACUUACCAAAGCAAUGAGUUUGUUUGCUGACGCCUUGGGUGAGCGAGUGGGAGUCGUCAGGUUCGCGUUGUACAGAUGCACGAAGACUGAGGAACCCGAGUCAUCUUGAAGUGAACUCGCCGCUGCCAUCUGUUCAACGUGCUCUUACCUUUAUAAUAUCAAGUUUCUGUUGUGUGUGGGUGAUCGAGGUACAUAGGAGGCGAAAUAAAUAAACAUGCUUACAAGUAGGUACAGUAAAUAGUGUUUGACGUA